AUGGACCCUCGGCUUCAACUAGCAAUAGAAAAUGAUGAUGUUGCUGAGCUACAUGGAUUAAUUGUGGCGGAGCGAAAUCUCUUAGAUCGCCUAUCUAAGGAACCCUUCCCAAACACCCUGCUACACAUCGCCGCGGCCACGGGGAAAACCCAUGUGGCCAUGGAGAUGGCCAUCUUGAAGCCGUGGUUCGCUCGGAGGCUCAAUCCAGAUGGACGAGACGGAUUCACCCCUUUGCAUUAUGUUGCCAGUGAAGAAGGAGAUAGUGAGAGGGAGCUCUUGGCCGAGUUCUUGUCCGCUUGCGGAUCAUCCAUCGAAGACUUGACGAGCCGCUGUGAGACUGCGGUUCACAUUGCCGUCCAAAACUACAACCCCAGAGCAUUCAAGGUUUUGUUUGGAUGGCUUAGGCGACAUCGUCUAACAAAGAUAUUGAAUUGGAAAGACGAAGAUGGUAACAACGUCUUACAUAUUGCUGCUUCUAAAAAUCAGCUCGAGAUCAUCAGGCUGUUAAUUGGGCAUACAAAUGUAAAUGCGAGGAACUUCGACAAGAAGACGGCUUUGGAAAUCUUCGAAGCGAAUUCUCCUUACGAUCCUAAUGUUGCGAAGAGGUUACGUCGUCGAGGAUGUUUCGCAAGACCUUUCACUCCUACCCUCUCUCUAUCGGAGUUUUUUAGCAAAGGUCUAACUGCCGGCGAGAAGUGCGCGUACUUUUUCGGUGUCCAAGAUGAAUCCGCUCGCGACAUAAUCCUCUUAGUAUCUACCUUAAUCGCGACCGCCACUUACCAAGCCGCUCUCAGUCCUCCAGGAGGAUACUGGCAGGAUUCCACCAAUUCGACUGUCGUUGCCACCGAUUCCAACAGCACUGCCAUGGAAAAACCACAUAGAGCCGGGAACAUGAUCCUGAACGGCACGAGCCUGUACGUGUUCACGGUCUUCAACGGCACGGCUUUUUUCUUCUCCAUUGGCACAAUCUGGGCCAUCGCUAUUGCUGAAUUUCCCAAGACUUUCAUGGUGUACUUAUCCAUGUCCAUUCUCGGCCUUGCCUACUUCAUUUCCCAUCUGAUCGAAUUCCCGAAUUCCGACGAGGUCGCAAAGCGAAUGCUUGAGGGAUUUUACGGCUCCUUGCUGACCGCUGCACUGUUUCUCCCCGUGGUCGUGUGGGGAAUGCACGUCCGAGUUCUAAAACGAAUCGAUGCCACAGGGAGAGGCGUCCGCAUCUUCCUAGGAACAAAGGAUCGGAAAUAAUUCGCAAGUAUUAUUUACUUUAAUUAUGCCUCGUCGUGAGUGCAUAUGUUCUCUGUUUCUAGUCUUGAGGUUUGCAAGAAUUGGACUCUUUUCAUUAAUCGCGUGUAACUACUUGAGUUCAAUUCUCUUUAACCUUUCCGUUGAGAGCAUUUGGCCAAUAGGGGCAUAUUUGUCUAUUUCUUACUAUUUUAUGUGUGGCUGUAAUAAGGAUGAUAUUGUAAUUCUAGCCUUUUGGCUUUAUUAUAAAAAGAUAAUU